CUUUUUGGAAUCCCCAGCCGGAUGUUGUUCUCCGUACAUGCUUAGGACGCCUUCCAUGAGGGAUUGGUUCUCCUCCCCUUCAUAGCGUUUGUUGGUAGCGACCUCCAGCGCAGCUGCUUUCUGCUCCGACGAACAACCUUUCCGUUAUCUAAACAGACUGAAAAUGUUGUCCUACAUCAUUGGCCUGAUUCGAGGCGGUUUUGACAGCAUCGUGAACCUCAUCUUCAGACUUUUCUUCUCCAAGAGGAGACCUGCAAUCACCUUGGAGGACCCAAACAUUAAAUAUGCUCUGCGGCUGAUUGACAAACAGAUUGUAAGUCACGACACGAGGAAGUUCCGCUUCGCUCUGCCUUCUCCUCAACACGUCCUCGGCCUGCCCAUCGGGCAGCACAUUUAUCUGUCUGCAAAAGUAAACGGGCAGCUCGUCGUCCGCCCGUACACGCCAGUGUCCAGCGAUGAUGACAAAGGCUUCGUGGACCUGGUGGUGAAGGUUUACUUUAAAGGCGUCAACCCAAAAUUCCCCGAAGGAGGGAAGAUGAGUCAGCACCUGGAGAGCCUGAAGGUCAACGACACGGUAGACUUCCGAGGACCCAGCGGCCUCCUUGUUUACAAAGGAAAAGGUGUUUUUGCCAUUCAGCCUGAGAAAAAGUCUCCAGCUGUGACCAAAACAGCCAAACAUGUGGGCAUGAUCGCUGGAGGAACAGGGAUCACCCCCAUGCUGCAGCUCAUCACAGCUGUGAUGAAGGAUCCUCAGGACCAAACGGUGUGUCACCUGCUGUUUGCUAACCAGACUGAGAAGGACAUCCUGCUGCGGGAUGAGCUGGAGGAGAUCCAAGUCAACCAUCCGGACCGCUUCAAGCUGUGGUUCACCGUGGACCGAGCACCUGAGAACUGGGAGUACAGCCAGGGCUUCAUCAGCGAGGACAUGGUGAGGGAGCGUCUGCCCCCUCCCAGCGACGACACCCUCAUCCUGAUGUGUGGACCUCCGCCCAUGAUCCAGUUCGCCUGCAACCCCAACCUGGACAAAGUGGGACACUCCUCAAGCCACAGGUUCACCUUCUAGAGGUCCGUCCACCCGGAAGAAACGAGGGCAGGAUAUUGUACGGGACUCUGGCUCUCGUUUCUGCCGUGACUAACGCACUAAAGCAGCAAGUAUUGCACAUCGUUUGUUGAUCAUGUGGCACAAUCACAGCAAGGACCAACGAAUGAGGGGUGGAAGUUUGGGAUGGAAUUGUUUACGUGUUUGGUGUGAUAACGGGGACGUGUUUAGAAACCGAACCUGCUGUGGUUUCAUGUCAGAGGAUUUGAGGUUGGUGGCCGUUUUUCAGUGCCUUUGCACCAAAUAGCUUUUCUAAUAUCUUACCAUCGCUUGUUCCGCCCUUGGCAUUACCAAAGAUGUCAGGUUUGUGUUUAAUGUGCAGCUUAAACACGUUCUACUGAAAUAUU